CUAGUGUAUGGGGUAGGGUGGCAUAAAUAUCUGGUGAUUUUCGCACACGGCAGGUUAUUAGUGUGCAGUAUUCUGUAGAAAGAAGAUUAUAUAUUUGUAAGUGUUUGUCGAUAUUGAACGAAAUGGAUAAACUAAAAGUCGGCGGGCAAUUGAAAGGAGUAAGAGAAUCUCAACUUAAAGGAGUGAAGACACGACUUUAUUCAAGACAUGGUUUCUAUUUGGACAUUGACCGUGAGAAUGGUGGUGUAAAGGGGGUUGAUGACGACUCGGAGUCUACGAUCUUUUACUUGAUACCUGUCGGGUUACGAAUCGUUUCAAUCCAACACAGCGAAACAUUGCUUUAUAUUGCCAUGAACAGCGAGGGAAGGUUAUAUACAACGGACGUUUACACCAUGGAAUGCAAGUUUAAAGAAUCCGUUCAUGAUAAUUAUUACGUGGUUUAUACUUCAUGUAUUUACAAACAAUUACAAAGUGGUCGUCCAUGGAAUGUUGGUAUGUCUAAGGAUGGGAUUCCGGUUAAAGGGUCGCAUGCAAAGAAACAUAAACCUUGCACACAUUUCAUACCAAGACCAAUAGAAGUGCGAAUGUUCAAGGAACCGACCAUCUGCGAGUUGGCGGCGCCCAGCAGAAGUGUUUCUUCAUCGGAUAAUAAGAAGAGAAAGAAUUUAUAAAAAUGUUUGCGAUAAAUUAUUGAGAGACCAUCCAGUGUUUAGCAUUAGCAACAACUAAUACGUAACCUAUGUUUUCAACAGGCGGCGUGGUACAAUAGUUAAAAUAAUGGUUACCAGAGGGUAAAAAGUACGAAACUCGGUGCUGCUACCUGUCUUUCAGCGAAACUAUAUAUCAACCGUUGUUGAAAGCUCUGCCAUCUUUAUAAAUAGUUUGUUUAAAACUAACGUAUUGCUGUUACGAGAUUUUCAUAGUGGCUGCGACGUUAUUGUUGAGUUUAUGUAAUUACAGAUGUAGUUGAAAGUAGUUGUAGUUAUAACUACAAACAUCUAUGUGCAACUCGUCGUUCAUAAAUAUAUUUUAAAUAUAUUAAAAA